AUGAGCCCAAACUGCAAAGGAGAUCACAUCUGUCAUAAAUGUAAACAGGAUGGUUAUUCUCAUGAGCCUGACAGGUGUAAUAGACCAUUGUGCUGUGUGAAUUGCGGCGAGGAACAUUCAGCUAGGUCUCGCGACUGCAAGACAUGGAAGAUCACAAAGCAGGUCCUCCAUGUCAGGUUCACACAGGGCAUUGGGUUCCCUGAAGCCAGACGAAUCGCGAAUACUAAAUUCAUGUCUCCAUCUUCCACAACAUCAUAUUCUGCAAUCACAAAAUCAAAUACUAACAAAUCAAUAACUUAUUUUGACGCAUCUACGCAAACUGACUCUGUACCUGCCAAAGAUAUACCAAGUGAAAAGCCUAAAGUACCAGCAAAACCUUCGCAGACAUCUCAAGUUCAAAAGGCAGCUGCAAACCCAACACUGCCACCAGCUAUACAAAAUGUCCCUAAGUAUUCAAACAACGAGGAUUAUGUGAUGGCCAACCGUAAUGAAGAGACGUAUGGUCUAAAAACUUAG